GAGGCCAUCACGAGAGAAUUUCUUCGCGCAUCAGUUCCAUCAAUCAGCUGUCGCACGGCCGCAGUUCGUUUUCGCUUCAUUUGGUCGUGUGGGGCUUCUUAUUCUUUGAUUUUAGAGUGCUGUUCCUGCUAUGCACGCAAUCAAUUCUCCCAGGUUCAAGUGCAAGCGGAACAUUUACCACUAAAUUAGGGGAUAUUUCUGUGGUUUAUUGCCAGAAAUGGCCUCUUUUCGGGUUUUGCAGGCCUACCGUAUUCUGUUCACCGCUCGCUCCCACCCUGACAGCGGAACAAUUGCCGUGAAAACCAACGUGAGAGUUGCCGUGAACGAUGAUCCGCUGCUGCUGUCGAGUAAGGGGGUUUGACAGCUGACUGCCGUGUGCAUUGUGUUGUUUGUAUUUUCAACAUGUUUUUUUCCUCCAAAAUGACUUGUGUGGUGAAUUCACUUCUAUGCGUGUAUAGUACUUGGCAUUAAUGAAAACAACAACAAUUUGGAAUUAGUUCUUUUGGAAAAUUAAAUAUUUCUUUUUCCCCCAGUUUUAGAAAACGCCGCGCUCACGUUUAAUCACGGUAUCAACCACCAAACAUUCUUUACAAAAUGAUAAAAACCGUGAUUUGAGUGGAAUCGCAGAGUAUCCUUAGAGACUAGAUUUACCCCCCAGUGCACCCGAUUGAGUUGGCAGAACUUUGUGUGAAAACAGAAGGGUACAAGUUUUGACACAAAGAGCACCACGCUGCGACCAGCUGGGCCUGAAGACCCGCUUUUGAGUCAAACAUAGCAAAAGGCAUGGCAGCAGCAGCUAUCACAUCUACUUCUUCGUCUUCGAUUCAAAACGUGGCUGGUGGUAACAAUUCCGUCUCAAAUUCUUCAUUAGUAAACCUCGGAUCAACAUCUAUUUCCUCCUCUAAUGCUGGUAGUGAAUCGGCUGUAAUCAGCUCCACAUCCGCAUCCUCUGUAAUUUCAUCCUCUUCGAAUUCCUCUCGCUCUAGACGAAGCAGCAAGCUGUCCCAAUCGAACUAUAGUGACUCCAAGUCAAUGUAUUCAUCAGUCAAUAAUAGUUCGUUCGCAUCCUCUAAAUCCUCCAGCAACCAAGGCAAUACAGACUCUCAUUCAAAAUCAAAGAUCGGACAGCGUAAAUGGAAGGACGACAGUGUCGGUAACAGCAGUGGAACCAAAUCAAGAAGCUUCAAGUGGAAAUUGAAUUCCGAUCACCAUACAACUGCCCCUGAUGACGAACCAGGAUCAUCCAACAAAAGUGAUGUAGAUCGCCGAAAGUGGAAGGAUAUGGACAAGACUAAAGCUUUGAAUACCGUGGCAAGCUUACAGAAAAUGAAGGGUCUCAAAUGGACGGCAUUCUCUGAGUCAAUGGGUGAAAGUGACGAGGAUGACAUUGCUGAACGGACAAAGAAAAAAGAAACAAGCGAACGAAACAAAGUCCACUUAUAUAAACUAAAGGGUCUAAGAUGGAAGUCCUUCGCAGCCGAUACAAACUCCGUGCUCGCUGCCAGCAGUGAUGAUGGUGAAACAUCACACCAACGGAAGAACCGUGACAAAGGGACGGUAUUAAGACUGGAUCGAUCUGAUAUGGAUUUAUAUGGAUUGUGCCCUGAAACUGAUCCCUUCUACGCUGUUAUCUGUGAUAUAUGCAAUGCAGUGGUUAAACCGCAAGGACUUCACAAACACAUGCUACAUCGGCACCAUGGUAGUCAUAGUAAUAGUCAUCAUAGCCAACACCACCUACAUCAUCAUCGACAUGUUUUGCCCAAUUACAUGUCGAACACUACAUCAGGCGAUCGACAGGUCACCGACCACCAUGCCUCGUCAUCAACUCAUGUCACAACAUCAUCUAUAGCAUCCCAAGCGUCAUCCGAACGGGGCACUGAGAAAUCUACAUCAAAAUCUAUGCCAGGAGAAGCUUCACCUUCACUAACGCAAUCACACCAAACCUCAUCAUCAUCUCGCGCUGCCAGCAGCAGUGCAGUGCAUUCCUCGCCUACGAGUUCAAAAAAUAAAAGUAAAUCAACUGGUAAAACCAAGUCGAAAAGUUCCAAAAACGGCAACAAUGCGUCUGGCCAUUCCUCAUCCACAACCCAAUCUCCAUCCCCGUCUUCUGCGUCAUCGUCGUCGACAAAUUUUUCAACAAGUGGGUCCCGUAGUGGGGCCUCCUCCACUGCGACACAGAAUGGUAUUGCGAUGUCGAGCCCAACGACCGUUGCCGUCAGUUCAACGAGCGCUCACCAGCCUCGGUCGAACCUCUCCACAGGACAACAGUCGAACCAGAAACAAUUAAGAACAGGCACGAAUUUAUAUUCUAUCGCAUCAGGACAACACUUCCAAAGUUCUGGCAAGAGUAUUUCCUCAAAGUCUGCCAGUUCAAAGCACAUCGGCAGCGGUACCGGGGAAUUCAAUAAUACAGACAACCCCUCUCUCAAUACCGCAACCUCAUCAAAUUCUAAUUCAUCUGUGUCAUCUGCUUGUUCUAGUAACUCAUUAACGGGCUCAGUUACUCCUCGCAGGACAUAUGGUCGGUGUAAAAGCUCAUCAUCGUCUACCGAACGUAGAACGGUUCCUAUUAAGGAGCGUGAAUAUGAUGCGAAUAAACAUUGCGGAGUUAUUUCUGGUGAUUCGACUAGACCAUGCACCCGAUCCCUUACUUGUAAAGCUCACUCUCUUUCAAUGCGACGCAUGGUCUCUGGUCGUAGUAAAUCGUUUGACAAAUUACUAGCUGAUCAUAGAGCUACGAAAGAACUCCCACUUGCGACGAAAUCAAGGGCUAUGCCGGAGCUGGAAUCGUCGAAUUCGUCCUCCAGCAUGGACCUAGAUCGUCGCAGUGUCAGCUCGAAUUCGAAUCUAUCUGUCGAAGUGCAAGUAUCUUCGACGGCCUCUUCUCAGUCAUCAGUUACAGCAACUGGUGCAGUUGAAAGUACUGGCGUUAACAGUAAACAGUCAACUCCACCUCCCACAGCAACUACCUCAGCGAUUUCGAAGUCAAAUAAUCAGCCGUGUCCCUCUUCAUCGAGAACAACCAGUCCUUCCUUAGCUGCAUCCUAUAACAGCAACAGACUAGCUGCCACACCUAUGCCAGUUGACGAAACUACUGACCUUCCUACCACGGAGACGGUAGAAACAAUUUGUAUGGGCGAGAACGACAAUACAAUUCAGAUAAAUAUUAAUCGAGACGGUACCACGCAAUCCAUAGCUAGCGUGAAUCGUCGAGGAACCCAAACAACUACGAGUGAAUUGCGACGGCGUAGUAGUGAUGAACCACAUCGGGCCCGUGUAACUGCACGGGUGAUUGACACCAGUCGGGCCAACGUGCCGCCUGAACUGCUGGAUGAUAGUAAGUUUGCCACAAACAUAUUCAGCCCGGAAUCAACUGUUCUAAGUGGACCGAUUCGCUUGCUUGAUGAAAGUGAAUCAGCUAAAAGUUCUCGAAUCGAGCCCGAAGCAGAUGUUGAUAUGAGUGACAUGAGCGAAGAGCGCAAGCUACAACUAAUGGUCCAGCGCAAGGUAAGCAAAAAAAACAAAAUCUUGUUCCGUGAUCCAAACAGACCUAGCCCAUCAGCUAUAACAAUUCCCCCGGCUGCAGAAAUUGUGGCUCAAGCUUUCGCCGAAGAGAAUCCCACAGCAACUCUCACCGAUGCGCAGUUCGUUAUGGAUCCUGAAACAAAUGUUGUCUCCGUGUCAGUGUGUGGCACUUUCAAUCCAGACAAUAUACAAUUUAAUUGGGCACCCUUCAACCAGGAAUUUAUAGAAAGUACUCUUUCACAAGCAUUAUCCCCAUACGGGAUAACAGUUACAUCUAAUUCUUCGCAACAUCCAACUGAGCAGGUCUAUGGCAAUCCCAGCUUGAUGCCCAACGCUGAAGAGGAAGGGUUUCAGAUACACCAUCUUCCGCCAUUGACUGAAGAACAGUACAAUCAAAUGAGACCGGAAUUCAUAAACGGUAUGCCCAAGCCGAGUUUGUUAGGUUGCCCAGGGAUAAAAUCGGAAAUCAAAGAGGAAGCCGAAGAUCUGGAGAACUCACCACAUCAGCCGAUUCUGCCGCUGAUUAAGCAGGAAGGAAUUAAGGACGAGAUUAAGCUUGAAAUUAAAGAAGAGCCAAUGGAAGACGACAAUUUGGAUGAUGACAUUAACCAAUCCGACGUGCUUAACGUAUCUCAGUCCACUUUGAGAUCAACAACUGCUGAAUCGGUCACAGACACUUCGACUGUUGAUGAAUCCAUAAUGGAAGAAUGGAUGGGUAGUACCUCAAAUCUGCCUGAUCCGACCAAGGCUUUUAAAAUCGUGCCAGAAAUAAUGUCCCAAAGCCCUGAGCCGAUGUCGUUGGAUUUAGAUGGUUCAUAUGAUGGUGAUAUCGAAUUCCUUCAACCAAUCGCCUCGUCCCUGUCAAAGACGUCCACGGAAUGUCUGACUUCGAUUAAUGAAAAGGAGAAUUCAAAUUGUUCGAAUGAGGAACGGAUGCGUUACUUUACCGUGGAUGAUGAGAUAUAUCGAAAUGAAAAUAACGGGUCUGCUCCAAAUUGGUACUAUGGCAGAUUACCCAAACCUUAUUACGUUAAUACCUUCGGAUUGGUUAAGCUUCGUGGUGGCACGAAUUUCAGAAAAAGUAUAUUGUGCACACGCCGCGCCAAUUCCUCCAUUCAUGCCUACCAGACCCUUUUCCAGGGUGGUCAUGCUACGUUUUUCCGACGUGACAACUGCAGUACACUGGGAUCAAAGCACUGCACAGUAGAUAGCAAUGGCGCUAUUUCCUUAAGUGCCAAUUCCAGUUUCGAUGCAUCCAAAAACAUGAAUUCUAAUUCGCCUGGUAGCAUGCGAAGUGGCUGUAUGUCUACCGUGGCCACAAGUGGGAAUGCGAUCAAGGGCGUAAAGCAAACACGGCGUCAAAACUCAGCCAACUCUCCUAGCAGUCAGGUAUUGAAGCGACAACCGCCUAACUUCAUUUCAUCGGCUAGUACCCAAACGCCACCAUCAAGUCCGUUCUAUAAACGGUAUCAGUCGGUUGGAUCGACUAGCAAAGUACGCUUGCAGAAGCGCAGCAUUAUCAUGCAUUUUCGCGGCAACGGUGGAGGUCCUCAACAUUUAUCGAAGACUUGUGCUAUCCUCCAAUCUCAAAUUGUACACAAGCUUGCUGAGCAGCUAUUAGGGUUUAAGAAAUCCCCGAAGAAUACGGAUGAAUCGCAAUCAAGCUCAGUAGGCAAUUACGCUAAGGGAGCAGCCACCAAGCAGGACCACAUGGGCAUCAAUAAUUGUAAGUUAUCAUCAUCAAGUUCAUCAGUAUCAACAUUAAUGUAUAAAAGUAGUAAUAGUGACGGGCAUUCAUCACUACCGUCGUCAUUGCCGGCCGAUUCGUCGCCAACACCGACAUCGUCGCCAAUCAGUCAAAGUACGAAUACCACCGCAAACCCUAUGAAAAUUUUCCGGAGUUCAACCACCACUGGGGGCUCAACAAAUAGCGCUCACAGCAACAGUAACAACGUCAAAGGUAGUACAGCAAAUACAUCAGGACUAAGAACACACAUCACCUCUAACAAUUCGAUUGCUCAAAGGUACACAGCAUCUCCGACGGUAACACAAUUGGUAACUCAAUCCGCAGCCCAGGAAACGGCCACCACGACCAGUUCUGUUCCAAACAAUUGUAUGCCGAUGGCGUUCAACAGUAAUCAUAUCGCUUCAUUGCAACCACGUGGACGUAAUGCAGGAGCAGUUGUAGGUACGACUCUGUAUCGUCAAGGUUUCCUGUCACCCUCGUCGCCAUCGCGAAUUUUGAAUGGGAACGGACAAGGGUCAGGCUCCUCUAUCAGAUCGAAUAGUACAGCAAACAAUGGAACUACUAUCAACAGCGGUUCUACCAAAAACAACAAGAUUUAGACGUGGCCUAAUAGAUCUAAACAAAAAAGAUACUUAUCUACCUUCGGGGAAAUUAUAUUUUGAAUUUUCAAAUCUGUAUGUAGACAUUUAUCAGCCCACGACAAUCGGUGGUAAAUCCAAAGAUUGUCUGAAGGCGUUUAAUUUACAGACGCUUGGAUAUGUGUGUUUAUCUUAAGUAAUUUAUCGUAAGUAACUGGAUUCAUUCGAAAUUUAUUGUUGUAAAUUGCAAAAAAGAUAAGUAGAAUUGUACGAAUUUCUUUCUGUUCUUCAUUUUAAUUUUUUUUACAUAUAUAUAAACAGCACACAUGUAUGUAUCUAUGUGUACAAAUAGAACAACUAUUCGUUUAAGUUUCUUAGAUAAUUGCAAAUGAUAUUUUAUUUCCAGUGCGGAAUGCAGACUUAUUUCAUUUAGAGUCCGGAUUAGAUAUUUAUGUAGUGCUAUACAUUAACCGCUGAGAUAAAGGAAUUAUUAACUAAAUCCCAGGAGAAAGAAAAUUUUUGUUUGAAUAAAUAGCACAGACCCUCUUA